AUGCAGUUGGCUGACUUUUCUCUGCCCUUUCAUGGAUACACGGCAUCCAUGUCCGACUCUAGCUCUGGUUCCUUUCACCGCAGUGGGCCAGCGCCAACGCUUCCGUUGGCAGCAACGGUGGGGAGCCGUGUGGUGCUCACCUCAAAGAACUGCAACCACGACGCCUUCAUCUGGGAAGACAAGAAGACAGAUUUGCUCUACCUGCGCUGCGCAAUGCGACACAUGUUGGUGGGAAAUGUCUUGCGUGAGACGGACACGCAUCUGUUGGUGUGUUUUGACAUCCCCUACCACUGCCUGCCACCGGGUGUGUGGAGCCGCCGCGCCAACAAGUGUUCUGAGGAGGGAAUGACCGAAGGAAAUGUGGGCGGCAAGAAUGGCGAUGAUGAUGAUGCUGAUGAUGGGGUAAAGAUACAGGGCGGGGGCAAAAUUGCCGUGGAUGCGGAGGAGGAUACAGGCCCCAGUGGCAUAGAUGUCUUUUCAUCGCAUGAUGAGCCUGAAGCGGAGCGGGAGGGUGGCGGUGGCGGUGGCGGUGGCGGUGGCAGCGCCGGUGGUCUCUUUGGUAGUGGUGGCAGCUCCGUUCUUGGGCCCAUCCGCUUUGUUAUGGGCAUCGUCCCCGUCUUGGCACUCACACAGGAGAACGCUGCAGUGGAAAGACCCCACGUGCCGCAUGAGGAGAUGGAGAAGCUGCGGUCCUGCGGCACCGCGACGCCGUCUACGGCUCCCUGCAGCAGCGAAAACGUCCCUGACGUGCUGCACGUGUCCCUCUCCGUUACGCGGAGCGGCUGCAUCUCACUGUUACAGAGUCUCCUGGAACAGCACGAGAAACUUGAGUGUGUGAGCUCUGCCGUCGCAAACCGCGACUUAAAGUUAGCUGCGCGUCACAUUAUGGCGGUAAUCGACGCGCGGUGGAGCCUCGCUGCCAAACAGAGAGGCAUUUUCAGGGGCGUAAACGACUCGCAGCGAUCGUCUCCCGCCGGGUUGCAGACCCAUCUACAGCCACCAGGCACCGACGCAGGGCGGCGAACCGACGACAUUAUUCCAGCGGAGCGGCGGUGCCGCUUUGUCAUGGUAUUUCAUCGCGACAAGGAAAAUUCUUCGUGCCUUGAGUUUCAUCCACUUAUGUUAAGCACCGGAAAUGAAGAGGAAGCCCCCCAAAGUGGCACUGGAAGCGGAAGUGGUAGUGGCAAAGGAGGCAGCAGUAUGGGGCUGCCACCAACCGACGUCGUCGAUCUGCACUCUGUUGGUCUUCAUAAACUUCCGGCGCUGCAAUUCCUAUGGCGCACGGGUAGUGCACUAAAGGAACUCGCUCCCUUGUACGCCCUCUUGAGCUUCCUCCGCUUUCAAGACGGUCAGUAUGAACAGUGCGUUGAGGAUGCUGUGACGGCUCUUGCAUACGACUGCACAUGUAUAGAGGCGUAUACGCGACUGAUGUCUGGUUUCAUUGCCCUUGGUGGGGAACAGGAAGCCAUUGUGACAGCGGCAGUGGCUGUAAAGCGCUGCUCUGUUCUCAAUCCUCAAUUUGCACGAGUUUCCCGAUUGGCCUACGUCUGUGCCUUCUACCAUCGCAACCUUGGUAAGCACAGCUUGGUGGAUGUUUCUCCACGCCUGCGUCAGGCUUCAGUGGCGGAGGUGGGAUCGUUUAGGGAUGCAACCAACCUUGCAAAGAUGCGCCGUUCCACAUGCCGUUCAACGACUGUGCGCAUGCGAACGCUGAGUAACUCGUUUAUAACCCCUCCGCCUUUUUCAUUUGUCCCCCCGUCAUCGUUGCGGAGCAUCCUCUCGGGCGCGUCACCGCCGAUGGAGUACUUCCUACGCUGCCUACGUGCGCGCGCUGCCUGUAGUUUUGAGUUGAACGAAAUAGUUUUUUCCGAGGAAGUCCCCCUGCAGGUGUUACUCUGGACUAUGCCCGGUUGUGAGCAUGUGACGUCCACGGCGGCCUGCGCCGAGGUGGAUGCGGGUCUCGCCGAUUCAUGGAUAAAUUGUCGUGCCCGCUUUUGUGCCUACUGCGGACACGCGCUUGUGUCGAGGAGCGUGCUGCUGGCGGGGGUCUGCGAGAGGACGUCGAAGGCUAUGGCUGACCGCGUUUGCUGGAACUUCAGUGAGAAGAAGUCUGUGCCGUGCUUGGCGGGGUGUGGUGAGCACUACUGUAACGAAAUCUGCCGCAACCGCGCGGCGCUGGAGUAUCACUGGAUCGAGUGCGCGAUGUCGCCUGCGGGCGAGGCGGAGGCGAUGCCACCACCGCCUCCGCCCCACGAACGGGGCAUUGCGGGGGACACGGUUGGGACGCGGGGUGUCGUCCCCUUCAUUUUGCCCUCUGGCAGGGAGGAGACGCAUGGCUCGCUCUUGGAACUGUUUCCGCUUGCGACACUUCCGCUUAAGCGUCCGAGCAUGUGCGGCUUCAUGAACUUUUUUCGCCACCUGCGCAAUCAGCAGCAGCGCCUAGACGCUGUGCACACCUCGCGCGGGUUGCAUGGGCCGAUGCUGCGGCAGGAUGGCUCAACCUUCUCCGGCACGGAGACAAUGACUGAGCGUGAUAUGGCGUACAAAAAUUCCAUUCAGGCCUGUUGCUCCGUCCUCCCAGGCAUUCGUGCCCACUUCAGCACGUACUACGCCGCCGUGAGAACCGCCAUACUGGAGAAGGCGCCCAACGCCACCACCGCGGCACUCCUCAUUGUCGGCCGUCUGCUGGCGAGCGUUCUCCGCCUCUUCAUACCGGAAGCCGCGACAAGGACUGAAAUCACUUCUCGUGGUCAAGACUGUUUUGUCGGGGUGGAGAAAAGCUGCCUGGAACGUGUCAAUGCCGUAAGGACAAUUGUAGAACGCUACGCAUCACGCGGGUUUACGAGUGGCGGGCGGUCUCCAUCCGAUUUACACGACCGCCACGGGCUUUGUUUGGCGGAGGAGGUGCUGCAGCAGCUUCGGGUGCCGUUUUUCGCUGACACAAACCUGCUCCAACCGAGCACGGUGUGGGAAGUACUGGGUGAAGCCCCUACGGUGGCCAACACAAGCAAAGAUGAGUCCCUUAGUGCAGCGGCGGUGGCGGCAAAGCAUACUUUGCGUUGUGGCUUUGAUCGCGCGGUGGAACUAUUGCGUGCGAUUGACGCCAUCGUUCAGUCCCGGCUAUGCGAUGAGGCGGUGGCGUUCAGCCUGUUGAUAAGGCCUGAACCCGUCCAGAGGUUUAACUCAGACAACGCAAGCGUGGGUGGCGGGGACGAGGAGGGUAACGCCUGGACGAAGAGUCACUUGGAGGACUCCAAGGCGGAAUCGUGCGACAGCGGUCAGGGCUGCGCGCGUCGUCCGCCGUUUGUCAUGGAUGUGGGGACUCUGGCCGUCUGGUUGGCGGAGGAGCACAGCAAAGUCGUGUUGUCUGCGGGGCGCCAUCCUGCUGUGUGGACCUUUGGCCGACUCCUAGGCUUUCUCGGCAAACGCCGCUUCAUGGAGCAGUUUUGGGACUUUUGCGUGUCCAGCUACUGUGUGGUGCCCAGAUGCGUGCUCUCUGUAGGCGUGGACGACACUAUUCCUGAGCAUCUGCAGGAGGGGUGGAGGACGGUCUGCCGGCAGUACACCGUUUUGGUGGCGGUUAUGGGACCGCUGACGAGUCUCGUUACGGAUCUCUCUGCCUUUGGCGGGGAGUCCUGUUCCCGGUUUUUUAAGGACGCCGCACCAACCGGCCCGCGAAACCCAUUGCACCUGCGCAUGGGAGACUCCUUAGCGGGGUCGAUGCUCUCCAUAAACUCUCUUACGCACGACUCCGAUGAGCUGCAUACACGGGCGGCUCCCCAUGGCAUGGAUGGGAGCGGCCAUAGGUUGUCACAGCAUGUAGAGUCUUUUUAUUCGGCAGCAGUGUCCUUGGAUAACUUGGAAUUGUGUGGUAAUAACGUCUUCAAUCGUUCAGGGGAGCGUCGUGUGACGAUGAAGGCGCAACGCCCCAUUGCUUCUGGCGAGGAGCUGCGCUACAGAGGCAAAGACCUUGUGUGCGAAGACACAGAAAGAUAA